AUGGUCUUAAAAUUUAUUUGUUUGUGUUGUGUUACGGCGUACAUAAUAGCCGCACCUCUCAAGGACGAGGUCUCAGUGCAGAGACAACAACCUACAGUGAUACCAAUUAUUUCUUUAUCUGCAGAAUACGUGGCCGAUGGAAAAUUCAAAUAUAACUACGAAACCGGAAACGGCAUAAAACGUGAAGAAACUGCUUACGACAAGGAAUCACCCGAAGGUAAAUCGCAUUCCGACUGCAGUAAUGAAGGCGGAGAAGAUGAUGACAGCGGUGAGAUACACGUACAGAAAGGAUCCUACUCCUAUACCGCACCUGACGGUACACUUGUUAGCGUGAGGUACAUUGCUGAUGAAAAUGGAUUCCAACCUAUAAUUACUGAGGUUAGUCACAAUGGAUCACCACUUUCAAGCGAUCUAUCCCAAAAUAUAAGACAAAUAGAUCAUGGUAAAAUAGCUAAAGAUAAAACUACUGAUCACUUUGAAACAGAACACGAAAAUAAUUCAAACGAACAAACUACUCCUACAUCCAAAAAUAUCGAAGCUAAACAGAAAGACCUCGAAGACAAAAUACCCUUAAAAUUUGGUGAUAAACUGAAAAAAAGUGAAAAACUAAUAAAAGAAGAACCAUUGAAGCGAAACCAUUCGCACGAUGAAGAAAAGGUGGUAAAUGCGGAAACACCUAAUAAAGAAAGUCAAAAUUCUACUAACAACCUCAUACCAAUAGAUAAAAAAGAUAGAAAUAAAACUGAUAGUAUUAUACAUGAAGAGCCUCUCUCUACUGUAGAAAAAAGCGCUAGUAAAAAACGUAAACCCAACACUAAUGAACAAACAUCUGAUACGAAAAAAGUGAUACCAAGUAAAGUGGAAAAUAAAAUGACAGAUGAAGAAAACAAAGAACAUGUACCUGACAAUGAUAACAUAAAAACUAAAAAUGCUACUGAUAAACCUAGUAAAAAUGAAGAUGAAUCUAAAAAAAACGAUAAGGCAUCUUAUCAUGGUAAAGAGAUGUCUGAUAAUAUGAAACCAAAUGUAAAAAUAGCAGAAUCUGACAAAGUGAAGGAAGAUCUUGCCCCAAAAGAGGAAAACUCUUUUAAAGCAGAAAAUGCCAACGAUAAACAAAAAAAUACAACAGACAAAAAUAAAAAAGCUAAUCCAGAAGCACAAACAAAACAAUUGGAAACAGAAAAAAACACUACGAAGUUGCCGGAGGCAGUAGUCGAACCUCAAGAAAAUGAAGCAAAUCAUACUAAUUCCAAAAUAAACACUGAAAAAAAAUCUCAACAUGAAUUAAAUAUACCAGAAAAGCAAAAUAAAACAUCUGAACAUACCGAAGCGGUGAACACCAGCGGAGAAUAUGGUUCUAAAAAUGUAUCGAACACACCUAAAAACAAAAAUGCUGAUAAUUUACACGAUUUGCGUAAUAAUAAAAUGGAAAAUUCUCAAGAAAGAAAAAAAACAGAAAAGAAACCCUCAAAAUCUGAAAUCGAAUUUGCCAAAAAUAAAAAUGCAUUAGACAGUAAAGACCUAUUACCUGAAAAGAAAAAAAAUCAACCCUUAUUAGAAAAUGCAUCAAGUUCCCUUAAAGUUGAAAAAAGCUUAGACAACAGUAAAAAAAACGAAAGUUCACCAUCUCCUAAAGCAGAUGGGCUAAAAAACAAUAAAAGUGAUACCUCUGAUAGCAUAAAAAUGAAGCCUUAUAAAGAAAAUAAAGAGCUUCCUAAAGAAGAAAUAAAAAUAGCAAAUGAAACAAAUAAGCUCGAGAAAAAAAACAAAACACUCAAUUACACAGGUGGUAUGUCUGAAAGAGAAAUUAAAAAACCUCAUGAGUAUGAAAAUGUAUCUGUAGAAUCUGAACAAGCACCUGUAAAAUAUAGAAUUCAAUCAUCUGAAAACAAAGAGAAAAAAAAUGAAAUGACAGAAAGAAACCCUGACGAUAUUGUUAAAAAAACUGACGAGGAAGAGAACAAAAGAAAUGAAGAUCAGAAGAAUAAUCAAAAUCGUAAAGAAACUUUGGUUAACUCAACAGAUAAUUUAGCUAAUAAAAAUAAUAGUGAUGGGGUACCUCAUAAUCUUGAAGAAAAGCCCCCAAAAUUAGAAAAACAAAUGAUCUAUAAUAAUAAUAUAUCUAAUAAUAAAGAAACAAAUGAGGAUAUGACAAAGAAUUUAGUUAGUAAAAAGGAUAAAUCUUCACCUAAAUCUAGUGAACAUCAAAUAAUUCCUGCAGAAGAAGCAACAAGAGAUAAAAAAGAAAAAUUAGCCAAAAAAAAUCCUUCUAAAGAAAUGGAAGAAAAUAAAAUACCUCCAAAUAAAGAAGAAAAUAAUAUUCUCAAGAAAAACGAAACGUUGAAAAACGGUGAAAGUGUUACUAAUAACACUGAAAAGACAGCAUCACCAACAGAACUGUUGAAUGGAAGCCUAACAAAAGAUAUUCUAAAAGAAGUUCAAAAACCUGUUAAAGAAGCAGAAAGGCAUGAAAAAGUAGCUGAAAAAGCUGCCAAAAAAGCCGUUAAAGCUGCUGAAGUAGCUGAAAAUGCUGCUGAUACAGCUCAAAAAGCUGCUGAAGAUACAGAAGCAAUCAUAAAGACACUAAACCAACGUGGAAAUCAGUCACGGGAGCUUGCCAUUAGUGCAGCUAUAAAGCACGCAAAAUUAGCUGGAGAUGCCGCUAAAGAAGCUGUUAAAGCUGCUGAAAUGGCUGAGAUUGCAGCUGAUAAUGCCAAAAAUGCAGCUCAGGCAGCCGAAAAGGUAGUUGAAUUAGUUCAAUCCUCUUCAAAUAAAAAACAUUACAAGGAACUAAUUAGCAAAGCUGGAGAUGCUGUUAAAAAUGCAAUAAAAUCUGCUAAUGAUGCAGUACACGCUGCCAAAGAUGCCACAAAACAAUCUGAAAGUCUUCCGGAAACUGACCCUAAAAAUAUUGAUGCAAAUAUAAAAUCAAAUAUUUAA